AAAGUCAAGUAUUUAGAAUUAAUAUUCAAAAUUAAAGUAAUUAGAAUUAUAAGCAAAAAUGGGAACUUUUAUUUCCUUUUGAUGGUCAAGACUUUGUGGCUCUUAACUGUUCCUUGAGUGAGGGGAGCUAAGCUAACAAUGGAAGUAAUUGACAAAAUGGAUAUGGACCAUUUUUUAUUCCUUGCAUUUAAUGCUCUUUCUGGAGAAUUCCUUAACCAAUAAGCACCCAUGGACUUGCUCUAAUUUUUUCUUUUUUAUAUUUUUGGUGAAUUAUAUUAAUGCAAUUGAUAUAUGGCCUAAUUAAUUAAUGAUCUAUGCCUCUAGCUGUUCCAUUGAUAUCAUACAUAGGGUAGUUUGACAAAGAAAUAUAUGAAUUGUCAAGUUUUAGAUAGGAUGGGAUGUAUGGAUUUUCUGGUGAUUCAAUGAUUGUUGAAUUCCCUCGAAUUGGAUAAGCCGGGAGAUUAUAUCGUAAAGUCGUGGAAAGACCGAUGGCAAAUUCCGGACAAGGAAUGGAAUUCUGAUCUAAUAUUUGAUUAUAUUGCAUUCAUCCUUGAUAAAACCAAAGGUUUUACGAUACCGAGUAAAGUCAGACAUGAUGGUGAAUUCGCAUCAAGAAACGGGUUUCCUCGUGUGAUCAUUGUCUUUUAUGUACUCACUAGUAUAGUAGAAAAUGUCCAGAACUUCAAGAAUCGAAUUUCCAUGUUGAUAAUGGUGUAGUUUUCCAGCUAAUUUAUGUUUGUUUUAAGCUCAUGUGUGGACUGCUUGGUAUAGGAACCAGUUCCUAGGCCGCUUUAUGAGCUAGAUAAUGAUCAAUUGCUGGAUAUUCUUCCCGAUAUUCCGUUAUGGGUUAAAUGUCCCGAUUAUGAGAGAGUAGAUUGGCUGAACAAGUUUGUUGCUGAUAUGUGGCCGUACCUCGAUAAGGCAAUUUGUGCUCAAAUAAGAAGCGCUACCGAACCCAUGUUUGCCGAGUAUGUCGGGAAGUAUCAAAUAGAAGCCAUUGAGUUUGAUAAUCUAAGUCUCGGAACUAUUCCUCCGGAAAUUCAUGGUCUUAAAGUGUGUGAAACAAAUGAGAAAGAACUAGUCCUGGAACCGGCAGUUCGUUGGGCUGGCAAUCCAAACAUUGUUUUGACGCUGAAGUUGUUGUCUUUCCGAAUCACCAUUCAGUUAGUCGAUUUACAAAUAUUUAUGGCACCACGGAUAACUUUGAAACCUCUUGUACCUACCUUUCCAUGUUUUGCAACUGUUGCAGUAUCACUCCUUGGGAAGCCUGAUGUAGACUUCGGAAUGAGUAUACUUGGAGGUGAUAUUAUGGCUAUACCCGGACUUUAUCAGUUUGUCCAGAAAACAAUUAAAAGGCAAGUUGCAAGCCUCUACAUCUGGCCACAAGCACUAGAGAUACCGAUUCUUGAUCCUGCAACGGUGGCUGUAAAGAAACCUGUUGGAAUACUACAUGUAAAGGUUGUGCGGGCACAAAAGCUCUUAAAGAAGGACAUCCUCGGGACAUCGGACCCUUAUGUCAAGUUAAAUCUAUCUGGAGAGAGGCUGCCAUCGAAGAAAACAACCAUCAAGAAGAGGAAUUUGAAUCCAGAAUGGAACGAAAAGUUCAAGCUUAUCGUAAAGGACCCCGGAUCUCAAGUUCUUCAGUUACAAGUCUUUGACUGGGACAAGGUCGGUAAUCAUGACCGACUUGGAAUGCAGUUUGUCCCAUUGAAAUUUCUUACACCCUAUGAGACAAAGGAAUUUAAACUCGAUUUGCUGAAGCACACAGAUAGUUAUGAUCCUCAGGAUAAGAAGCAAAGAGGUAAAAUUGUGGUUGAGCUUAUGUAUGCCCCUUUUAGAGCUGACAGUGGUAAGUUAGACGGGACACAAGAUGGAUACAGCAGAAAGGAAAGCGGGUUUGACCGGACAUCCGACAGUGAAGUCUUUGGUGGAGCAGGUCUCCUUUCGGUUCUGAUUCAAGGAGCCGAGGAUGUCGAGGGUGAACGCCACAAUAACCCUUAUGCCGUAGUUUUUUUCAGAGGAGAAACAAAAAGGACAAAGAUGAUCAAGAGAACCCGAGAUCCUGUCUGGAACGAAGAGUUUCACUACAUGCUCGAGGAACCUCCAUUAAAUGAGAAGAUCCAUAUCGAAGUCAUGAGCAAGCGAACAGGCUUUAGCUUCCGAUCAAAGGAACAUCUGGGAAAUGUCGAUAUUAAUCUUACUGACGUCGUCCAUAACGGACGAAUCAACCAGAAAUACCACCUGAUCGAUUCGAAGAAUGGAGUAAUACAUGUUGCGAUAAAAUGGGUGACAGCUUGAGAAACAGGAAGAGAAUUUAAACCGAUGUCAAUUGGUUUUGCAGUAACAUACAAAGAUUGAUACAAGUACAAGAGAAAUAUACAGAAACAAAGAUUACUGCAAAAAAUCCAUUUAUAGAAUCCCAGUUAAAUUCAGUGCCAAUAUAUUUUUUACUGUAAAUUUUCAGUGCCUUAAUAUAGGUAUGCUUAUUUAGUUAUUUUAUUUGGAGUAUACCUCUUAUGUUGUUAUUGCUAUUGAAAACAGCCAAUGAAGCUGAGGAACCUACCAACUCAA